AAUCGUGUUAGGGUUUAAGGCGUUUUCUGUCACUCCCAAAUCUCUUUUGGGUUUAUGCAACUGUCAAGUGUCAAGACUCUCACUUUAUGGAAUAGAUGAUUCUAGUGUCAAAUUUGGAUUUGUUCAUCGAGUUUCUUUUGAAUGGAUUCUACUGAUGAUGAUUUCGGUGACUUGUACGUUGAUGAUGCCAAGUUUCAGGCGACUGAUGCUUUCGAAUCGGAGUGUGCUACGAACUCCGGCGAGGAUAAGGGUUUUGAAGAGACGGUAAAGUCUGAUUCGGAAGGUGAAGUGAAGAAAUUUGAUGUUGUUGCUAAGGAUUCGAGUCCGUGUGACGACGACGAUUGUGCUAUGAAUCUGACUGAGGCCGAUGAAGAAUCGGAAUUUAGUGAUAGUGAUGAUGAUUUGAAUAUAGUGCUCAAAGACGACGACUCUAAAGCCCUUCCUGCUUCUUGUGUGUUUAACACCAACUUUGGCGGAUACGAAGCAUCCAAAGCUUCCUCGUUUCAGAGACGGUGGACUAGAAACGCUUCAGCUAAUAAUGCUUGCAUCGAUCCUUCUUUAGGAAUGUCUCAAUACAGAUAUAGUUUCCCAAACCCUUGGUCCAGGACACCUUUUGAUGUAAAUCUCGAUGUGUUAGAGAAGAAGCCAUGGAGGGAUCCUGGUACGGAUACCAGUGACUUUUUUAAUUUUGGGCUUAACGAGCAGAGCUGGAAAGAUUACUGUAAACCGUUGGGAAGAGCAAUUGAGGUUAGAGGUGGUACUCUUGAGCGAAUACCUUCUGCAGAUUUGCGUCGUCCACGUGAUCCUGACCCUGGCGUGGUGAUACAGAUCCCAGUUACUAAUGAUGUUGAGGAGCUACCAGUCAGGACACCUGAGAAAGCAAGAUGCAUAACAUCAAAUGAAGCAUCUAGAAGUGACGUUUCUCAUUCAUAUGGUAGCAAGGAUUUGAAUUCAGUCUAUGGUUCUCCAAAAGAUGAAGCUUUUGUGGGGUGUCAAGAAGAAAACGCUGGAAGUUUCAGUGGCGAGAAAUCUCUUCCAACAGAGAAUUGCUGCAGUAGGGAAGCAACACCUAGUGAUAAGGAAAUGCUUGAGAAGGAGAAAGAAGAGAGUGUUUGCAAUUCUGAUGAGACGGAUCCAUCCUCAGUGGAGAGGGAAUCAUCUCUUGGAGAUCGCAUUCGUUUGAGCCCUACCUCUUCUUCUUCUGUUGGUAUAAAUGAGGAAUCUGAUGAUUAUGAAACAGAGUCAUUGAAAGACAGUGCUACUGAUGACCAACGUGAAGUCAGUACCCCACCACAAGAAGCUAGACUUGCAGAACAUGAAGCAAUUAGUAUCAAAAGAGGGGAAGAUAGUGGUACAAUGCAUUCUAGACACAGAAGAUCUCACGAAGACUCCAGCAAAAGGCACUGUGGGAGAGCUGGUUAUGCUCGCUAUGUUAAGGAUGCAUCGCCUACACCAGAUCCUGGUCGUGGGAAGAAAGUUGGUUCUCUACAGGGCUUGUAUCGUGAUUCAAACAAAAACUGGCAGAAUGGACCACCUAUUACAUUAGAGAGGGAUGAAACUGAAGGUAAAGGCGUUCAUUACUAUAGAGAAAAAUCUCAUGGUAGAUUGAAUUCAUCUGUGGAUCAUGAUAGGCAUAGAGAGCACAGGUUUGGUUGGCGGAACAACAAAGAAUCAUCACUCGGUCGAGGUUUUGAUCAUUCUAAUAGUUACAAGUGUGGGACGCAUCUUAAAGAGUAUACCUCACGUUCAUCCUUCGAUCUUAAUCAGAGAAAUUCUAGAUCAAGUUUUAAAGAAGAGGAUGAUCGAUAUGGUUGGCAUCAUCGUGAAAGAAAAUAUGUUCAUGAAAGAAGUCCUAUCCGAGCAUAUGAAAACUACAAAGAAAGAAAUGGGUGUGAUUGGCUAAGAGAACCUUAUUAUGAGGACUGUAUACCGAUUACUGACAUGGAUUAUAGGUACCGGUCAGAGAACUCGUCUGCACAUGCAAUACACAACCUCAAGCACAGUCCAGAGAAUGAUCUUUAUUGCAGAAGAAGGGGUGGAUACGAUUAUAAUUUGCAUCGUGAUAGAUAUGAAGAUGGAGUUCACAGGGUAGAAAGUAGAAUUCCAUUUGAGCUGGCGUACAGGGAGAUGCGUUCUUUUGCUGAAGUGGAAAUGAGAGAAUAUCAAGGGUAUAAAAGACAUGAGGAAUUCUCUGAAAUAGAGAAAAGACAUCAUUACAUUCAUGAUUGGCAUCUUGAUAGAUUUGUCUCAGAGGAAGAUGGUUAUAAGUAUAGAAUCCAAGAUGGUUGGUCCUCACCGUCUUUAUCUUUGAGAGAUUCUUGGUAUACCAAAGAAGCAAAAGGUGAUUUCCGGAGAGAUGAUACCAGAGACUUCAGAACACCUGAAGCAUAUGACAGCCAGAAUAACCAUUUUCAUAAGGCUGCACCGAGAGAUGGCUGGACGCAGAAUCUUGGUCGUAGCCAUAAUGUGAGCGUAAAAGAUAGACUACAGUAUGAUGCUGAUUGGGUUGGUCCUGAUAGAGGAAGAUAUAAUAUGGCAGAUGACAUGCAAUGUUCAAUGAGAGAAGUUUCUAAUUCUGAGCAUCCAUCAUAUACUGAUGAGAUAUUUGUCCGCGACAUAAGAGUACCGACACAUAAUCGGAUGGCGACCAAACAAAGGUUUGGAUAUUUACAGAGCCAUAUUCAUGAAAAUGAUGAAAGACAUCACAGAUCCAAGAAGCUGAGAGGAGAUGGGCAUGCUUUCAUCAAGCGUCAGGAUCAUGUUGACUUAGCUGGUAGGCAAGGAAAGGUCUCUAACCAAUCAAAAAAAAGAUUCUCCAAUGGCGGAGAUACAAUCGAGCAACAAGAUGUUCAGAAACCAAGAAAGUUAAUGGGCAAAAGCGAAGAGAAAGCUAUGCAGAAUCGAGAUAUAAAUGACAAAGAAGAAGGCGAGAUAAUAGAAGAAGUGAAAGGUGUUGAAAUAGACAAUGAACGUAUACAAGAGAGUCUGAAAAAGAUGGAGAAACGGAGGGAGAGGUUCAAGGGAACCAAAUUGGCGGUAGAAGCGACAUUCAAAUCUCAAACUGAACUGAGAGCUAAAGCCGAUGUUACUAAUCAACAGAGGCCAGUUAGAAAGAGGAGAUGGUGUGCAAGUUAAAAAGAUCAUAUUGGAUGGCUUGUUUCAGGUUAACACAAUAACGGUUUAUUGAUGGUAGGCUAUAUCUAAACCGAUCAAUUAAAAAGUGGCUAAGAAAAUCACAAAACCGAACAAUUGACUGUGACCUGGGUUUUUUUAAGUGAUCUUGCUUGUGCAUUUUUUUUUUCCCUUUUGUAAGUGUUUACGUAGAAAAUUUGACUUUUUUACCAAUGCUUAUUUAUAUUUACAGUUUAGUAU